UUUAAGAAUUUUAAUUCAAAAAUUUAAAAAACUCUAUUUUAAGAACAAUAGAGUUUGGUCAAAAUUAAUAUUUUAGUCAUAAAUCUUUGAGAGAAGUCUUGAAAAAAAAAUUUAUUAGUUAUUAACAAAAUUCACAUAAACAAUAUUUGCAGCUAAUUAUCCCGGAAUCUCGGAACACCAUGGAAUGCAGUAUUUGUAAAAAUCGUGUCAUGGAUGAACUUCUCAUCACCCACUGUCGACAUAUUUUCUGCCGUCAUUGCAUAUUAUUUUAUGUAGAAUAUAUGAAUUCUAAGUGUCCCAGCUGUGAUCGUUUUGUUGAAAUGCCUAAUACCGGAACUAUGUGCGAACAUGGUUGCCAGGUGAUGACGGAGGAUCAUGAUUGCGUUCAAACCCUGCAGCGAGCAGUCAAGGAAAAUGCAAAGAUAAUAAACACCGUGGUUGCAGGUACCAUGGAUAUGCGGAGGAAAUUUCUUAAUACUGCACGCAACCUUAAAGCUGCGGAAGAUGAAGUCAUACGCCUACAUAAUAUUAGCAGUAACAGCUGUAGAUGUUAUAAGCUGUUCCUUGAUUUUGUCAUGCUAAUCGUUCUUAGUAUUAUAUUAGUAGCCGGCUAUAUAAUACAUUAAAUAUAUAACAUUAAAAGUUUUUCGUGGAUUUUUGCAUAAAAAUUUA